AUGGACAACAUGAAAUCAGAGACUUUCAUGUAUCUUCUGCGUGACUACGACACAGCUGUUCGCCCAGUGUUUAACGCGAGCAAGACAGUCAACGUCUAUAUUGGGCUGACUUUAACGCAUAUUUUCAAUAUUGAUGAGCGCAACCAAGUGCUUGCCCUGAACGCAUGGGUUGAGCAAUCGUGGCAUGAUGAACGCAUCAGAUGGGAACCAUGUCAAUUUGGAAAUCUUUCCAAGCUCACUAUAGGAACCACAUACUUGUGGACUCCCGACAUAGUACUUUACAACAACGCUCGCGAUUUUUCGAGAGGAUUUGUCAGCACCAAUCUCCACGUAAGCUACGAUGGAGAAGGCAAGCUUAUUUCUGCAUCACUACCAGCUGAGAUUAUUUUGCUUAUGUUCAAGUAG